AUGACAGAUACAACGCUCUGGACGCCGCGCUGCUCUAUACAGGAAGCCGACAAAAUACUCACAGCACCCGGAAGUCCGCUCGAAAUUGAAACACAGGUUGUCGAUGGGAGAGUAUUGAAAGUUUGGAAGAAUCUCUGGCCCUCCGUACGAGCACUCUUCUUAUAUUCGACCAAAGAGCAUGCCGGCAAAACCUGUGUCGUAUACGAGAAGGAGCGCUAUACCUUCCAGCAGAUGUCAGAAAUGGCUGUUAAAUCCGCGGCCAUGUUUAAAGAUGUUUACGGUGUUAAGAAGGGUGAUCGCGUCGUCAUUUGUUCUCGAAACCUUCCCAGUUACUACGUUGUGUUUUGGGCUUGCCACCUUCUGGGCGCUGUCACUGCUCUUGUGAAUGCGUGGCUGCCAUUGGACGCCCUCAGGCAUUGUAUCACACUUACGAAAUGUACAUUGAUCAUCCUCGAUCCCGAGAGGGCGGAGCAGAUCGAGCCAAUAGCCGCUGAUCUUAAACGCGCUUCAGGCGCGUCCGGAUAUCUUGUUCUUGAGGAUCACGAGGGAAAAGGCCACUGGGAAGGCAUGGACGUUUGGAGCAAAGUAUUCCUCAAGUAUCAUAAGGAUCCAGGAGAAAUACUACGCGACGAUCCACACAUUGUACCGGAGGAUAACGCGACGAUUAUCUUUACGUCGGGAACCACUGGCCUACCUAAGGGCGUCUUGAGUACACAACGAGCAUUCCUGACGUUUAUGUUCAACUUAGCCUCCACCAUCGGAAGAGACUACAUUCGACGAGGCGUGCCAAUCCCUUCUACGCUCGCGUCAGGCACGAAUAAUGGUAUCUUACUUCCAUCACCACUGUUCCAUGCCACUGGGACCAGCGCGACUCUCACCGGUGCCUUUUAUGGAACGAAGAUUAUCUUAAUGAGAAAAUGGAAUGUAGCAGAAGCUGUAAGAUUGUGUAAGGAAGAGGGUGUAAUCUCUUUGGGCGGUGUUCCAUCGCUUAUAACCGACCUAGCCGAUAGCCCGUUGUCUGGUUUCUCCAUAGAAGUGAUCACAAUCGGAGGGGCUCCAGUCGCGCCGUCUCUCCUUCGCAGGUCGAAAGAAGCCUUUCCACAUGCAUCGGUCGGACAAGGCUAUGGUUCCACCGAGACUAAUGCGACAUCAGUUGGUUUCUAUGGGCCCGAUUAUGUGGCCAAACCUGGCAGUUGUGGUUUCGUAACGCCUGUUAAUGAUAUUUUGAUAAUGAAAGAUAAUGUCAGAGCCGCCCCGGGGGUAGUUGGGGAGAUAUGGCUUCGUGGGCCGAAUAUAAUGAAAGGGUACUAUGGAGACCAAGCGGCUACUGACAAGGUUCUGACUAAAGAUGGAUGGGUAAUGACCGGAGAUCUUGGUUGCAUCGAUGAAGAAGGGUAUGUCUACGUUAAGGACAGGAUCAAGGAUAUCAUUAUCCGUGGUGGAGAGAACAUCGACUCUGUUUCUGUGGAGAACGCCCUGUACACCGAACCUGGUGUUCUGGAGGCAGCUGCAGUGGGCGUACCCGAUGAACGGCUGGGCGAGCUAGUGACCGCAUUGGUUACCGUCAAACCUGGGUAUCGCGGGAAGAUCAGCGAGAAAAAGCUUUUGGAGACUGCGAGGAGACUGUUACCAAAGUUCGCAGUCCCGGUAAUGAUUAUUUUGAAGGAUGGGGAGUUUGAUCAUACGCCCUCUGGGAAGAUUAUCAAGGUGCAGUUAAGGGCAAUGGCACAAGAAGAGUGGGUGUGCAGAAGGAAGGAAGAGGGGCGAAUGGACAAAGCGAAAUCCAAGCUGUAA